CCCCCCCCCGUGGAUAGCUCAUGACCUCUCAUCAUCCUGCCCUGAUGUGUCGGUGAUAUGGGAGAGUGGUGGACAUCAGUGCCAUUAGGAACAUCUAUGGGAAACUAUGAGAUCUCCAGCAUAUCACAUGUGACAAUGUCUCCCUCGAGGCAGAACAAUCUUGUGUCAAUGUACUCCUCUUUGCCUUCUCUCUUGAGAAGCUCCUACAAUGUGAUAAGUGCCUUUUGUACCGAGGAUAACAUUCCUCACUGCAUUUCAUACAUCAAUCAGGAGCUCGCCUCACUGGGCCUCUCCUCGGCAUGUAUUGAGGCCAGCUCACCAGGGGGAGCCGCCCUGAACACAGUGUCAGCCCUGAAUGCCAUGUAUGAGCUGCUCCAGAUUCACAAACGCAACAUGUGCUCUUUAGAGGAGCUCGAGAACGAACAGCUGAAGAAAUCAAAUUCCUUGGAACACAUGCAGAUGAACAAUUCCAGACUCAAGGAUCAAUUGGAACUGUCUAUUAGGGAGAAAUCGGGUCUACAUGAGACAGAGAGGCAGCUACAGCUCAAAAUUAAGACUUUACAGAGCUGCUUGAAAACAGAAAAAGACGAGGUUCAGAAGCUCCAGAGUAUCAUAGCCAGUCGUGCCUCGCAGUACAGUCACGAUGCCAAACGGAAAGAACGAGAAGCUGCCAAGCUCAAGGAACGCCUCGGCCAGCUCCUGGUCGACAGAAAGGACAAGAAACUAGCUAUUGAUGUACUGAAUAGCUUGGGACGGUCGGAUGGAAAAAGGAGCCACUGGAAGAACGCAAAAGCCACAGCCAGCCACGAAGGUGACAUGUACAAGUCCUUACUCAACGACUACGAGGCCACUCAGAAGUCCUUGAUGAUGGAGAACGCUGAGCUCAAGAAGGUUCUUCAGCAGAUGAAGAAGGAGAUGAUCCACAUUCUGAGUCCACGUCAGCCUUCUACCAGGGGAGCCUCUGCUGAGGACACUCAGGAGCAGUCUCUGUUGGAUUCAGAUGUUGAGGAGAAGACUGGUGACUCGAGCAGGGAAACUCUGGACCAAUCAUGUGAGCAGGCAAGAGAACAGCUCACCAACAGUAUCCGGCAGCAGUGGAGGAAACUGAGAAACCACAUGGAGAAGUUAGACAGCCAAGCCUCACAGGUCCAGAAUCAGGUGGAGUCCAAUCAAGAGGUGAUACCAAGAGAGACCCACGAGGACGAGAUGGAGAGGAUGAGGCGUGAAGUGCAGCAGUGCAAAGAGUUCAUUCAUGCACAGCAGCAGCUCCUUCAGCAACAACUCAACACAUCAUUUGAUGAGGAGACAGCAGUCCUUCUAAACGACUGCUACACUUUGGAGGAGAAGGAGCGGCUCAAGGAGGAAUGGAGGCUGUUUGAAGAACAAAAGAGGAACUUUGAGAGGGAGAGGAAGAAUUUCACAGAGGCUGCUAUUCGCCUGGGGCGAGAGAAAAAGGCCUUUCAGGAGGACCGUGCUGCUUGGCUCAAGAAUCAGUUUUUGAACAUGACUCCUUUCACGGACCGUAGAUGUUCCUCGUCUGACGGUCAAAGUGCCUUAUCGAUCAGAAGUGAACCAGAGAUGAGGAUGUCUUCCGCAAAAGCUCGGCUGGCCAAAUCCUCGACCUAUGCGACGUUCUCCACACCUAAAGCAACACAAAGUGCCACUGUGCCAUCCACAACUGAACUGUACCGCACACUCCGCCUGAUACCAGACAGCAGUUCAUCCAGACAUUCAAAUCGAGGAAGCUGGCAAGAAUCCAGCGCCAUUGACGAUGGAGAUACUCGGUUCAAGAUUAAAAACAGAGUUCGAUGUGGAGACUUGAGUAUCUUCUCUCUGGGUGAAGAUGAGAACAGCCUCACUUGAACUUCCAGUGCCUUUUUUUUUUUUUUUUUCUUGUGAUUUUGCAACGGACUAUCCAUCGAUCCCUGACGGAAUUCCAACACUACAAAUGAACACUUAAACUUUUUUUCAGCAUUGCUCUCAUGUUGCUUUGUCAUGGAUAUGCACAGAUCAUUCAUCGACAGCUGAACAAACGAGAAAGCACUUUAAUGACCCUGCCAUUAUUUUCUUUACCAACAAAUCAACACUGACAACUCAGAUUUUUAAACUGUUCAGUGGAGGGUAUGUACCAAGUAGUGAUAUGUUAGUUUAAGAUGAACUUGUUUACAUAUUCUACAUGAAUAAAUUAUAAGUAUAAUUUUAAUGAAAGUAAAUAUUGACAUUCGAUUUAUAAUAUGCUCUGCUAAGGUAACUCCACAA